CACCCCCACUAGGGUACGCGUCCGCAUCGCCCACAAUUCGACUCGAGAACACAGAUCAGCCAACUCAACAGUCCUUCUGCCAUCCCAUGAUUCCCAUCUCCUCUGGCUGUUUUCCUAUAUCUCACCUCUCACUACCAUGCUUGUCUGCUUCGCAGCCAUUGCUGGCUUUCCUCCUUGCUGCUCUCCUUUUACAGGUGUAACAAUGUCGGCUGUGAGACUGACUCCCUCUUGCUUACUCAGAAGCCCACCAUCAGCACAAAGUAGAUCAUGUGCUUUAAUAAAAAACCCAGGUUCAUUAGGCUCUGUUCAGAGCAAGUCUAAAGCAUUUGGCUUGAAGUCAUCCUCCUUUAAAGUGUGCGCAAUGGCAACAUACAAAGUGAAACUGGUUGGGCCAAAUGGCGAAGAAAAUGAGUUUGAAGCCCCUGAUGAUGUUUACAUCCUUGACUCUGCUGAAACUGCAGGACUGGAGCUGCCAUACUCGUGCAGAGCUGGGGCUUGUUCUACCUGUGCUGGGCAGAUGGUCUCUGGCUCAGUGGAUCAAUCAGAUGGAUCAUUUCUUGAUGAUAAGCAGAUGGAGAAUGGGUAUGUGCUCACAUGCGUCUCGUACCCAACUUCGGAUUGUGUGAUACACACCCACAAGGAAGGUGAUCUUUACUGAUUCGUGUAUUGGGUCAUGCAAGCCUGGAGCUGUGGCAGAACUAGUGGGGAAUUGUAGGCUUGCAGAUGUUAAUGUUGGCUACCUAGAUUGUAGCUUCAGUGAUUUUGCUUCUGUUCGUAAUUGUCCCUUGGUUUGAUUUGGUGAUAGUAAACAUCCAUCGAGUUCUCAAGAUUGAAUUGAGAACAAUAACAAGCGUGAUUGUUGUAAUGCUUUUGCUAUGUUUUUGGGCACAAAAGGAAGUCCAAUGCCUCUCUCUCUCAAACAAGACAAAACUAAUGGUCUCGUUUUCGUCUUGAA